UCAUCAACUGUUACUAGACAAAAACUUGAGGAAACAGAGGCAGAACUUAGGGAGUUGCUAAUCCGUAAAAAGCAAGUUGAUAAAAGUUUGAAAGCUAUAGAAAAACAAAUUUGGCAAUUUGAAGGAUCGUAUUUAGAAGAAACUAAUUCAGGCGGGAAUUUGAUUCGUGGAUUCGAUGGUUAUUUGAGGUCCACGAACGAUAAAAAGAAAAAGUCAGAAGUUAAUUACGAAGACAGUACAACAUCAGAAAGGGCCAAUAGCAAGGCUGAAGACUCAUCUUCAAGCUCAGAUGAUUUUAAGCCUGGUUUCAAAAAAAUUGGAGAUAACAUGAAAAAGAAGAAAAAUAAGAAACCCAUAAACUAUACUUAUCCACAGGAAGUUAAAGAAGUUAAACGAAUCCGAUUGUCUUUACGAGACAACGUCGAUGAUGAUUUUGACGUUUAA